AUGUCGUUGCAUCCGGGUCAAAUAUCAUGUCAACCAAAUCAAAAAGUCAUCCAGCACAGCACACGCUGUCAUGCCCUCGAUUACAAAACCUACGAAAUUGCAAACAUCCAUUUUUUCGCUGCACUUCCCAGCAUCACUGAUCAAAAACGUUCCGGAUAUCAGCAUGACCCGCGACCGUCCAAACAGGCUGUUCUCGCCUCUUCCCCUUUCCUGCUUCAUUGUUUACAUUUUAAUUUCACUACCGCUAUUGGGUACCAAAGGUCACUAAACGAUAGCGAUUUGGGGCAUUUCCUGUUUUAA